UAGUAAAAGCAGCGUUGUCGUGCUUUAUCACGGUAAAUUCAAUUUUCCUGCAUCAUCCUCUUCGAAGGCUCUCGUACAACUUUCGAAAUCCGAUCAAAUAGUAAAAACAUUGCACAUAUCGCGAUCAGAAGUUACAAGUUCUGCAUCACCUGAUAAGGCAAAAAUCAUAGAAACGCCGGAAAGCCUGUCUCCGAGAUAUCAUCCACUACGUCGACGAAAAUCUACUUUCAAUAGAUAUCGCCGUAUAUCAAGACAACAGCCUUCUUUGAAUGUAAACAUUUAUCACGCGAAUCAAGUAGAGCGAUUUGUAUCUCCGCUACAGCAUCAGUGGACACCACUUAGAGGGCAGAUAGGAAUAAAUUCCAAGUAUAAGGAUUUGGAGUGCACAACUAAGCUUUCCAAAGAUCCUGUUAGGCUGCAAUCGAGAACUUGUGAUAUCAGCGAACACGCAACGAAUCAAGAAUCACGUAAAUAUAUCGAACAAGAAGAACCUUGGAAGAAACAAUGCUCUGCACUUGUUGAAAUCGUUGCUUCGAAACCUAUGGAUUAUCGUCAUCCAGAGAAAGUGGAAAAUACAAAAGAUAGAAAGCAAUCGAUACCUUGCUCAAAUCUAGACUUGCCGAUGCAACAGAUACAAAUUCAUCCCAAAGACACGAGCGUAAAAUCAGCAUUUGUCGUGAAUGAGGGUAACGAAACGAGUCAUCGUGUGUUUCCCUUCCAAGCUACACCUAGUGGUAAUCUCAAGAUUAUUCCGAAUCAGGUUGUAUUCGAGUCGAAGAAGUUCAGUGUUUUAGUUGCUGAUCCGCGACGCACGAAAGUCAACGUUAAGGCUGAGCUUAAUCGAUCGGGCGUCGACGUUGGUACAUCGAUUUCUGACUCUUCAAAUCGAACAAGAUAUAUCAAUCUUCCACCUGGCAUCACGCCAUCGACAAUUGAUCAGUUGCAGGCACAAAAGAAAUUACCAUAUAACAAAGGAAACUAUAGAUCACGAACGCUGCAACCAAGUACAAAGUUCUAUUCAUCAGAAAUGGAACAAAAUCAUUCGAUACAAUCAACAUCCCAUCAACUUCCUCCAAUGAACGAAGUACCACUUGCCUCGUUGGGAUUUACAAAUGAGCAACCAAUCAAUUGGAGUAAUAUAAUUCUUCCAGAAAAGACUGACUUGUAUCAAGAAUUAGCUAUACGUAUUACAAAUUAUAAGAAUGCCGAUUGUGUUGUCCGAAUUGAUCACGAUGAAUUUCAUUGCCAUCUCCUUGUUCUGCAAAGUUACAGCAAAUUUUUUGACGAGAAAAAUUGCAAGAAUAUUGAUUUGUCUGGGAGUAGCGUGACUUCCAAGGCUUUCUCUAUUAUUUAUGACUGGAUGAUAAGUCCAAUCAACGAAAGUUGCCAGCUUCUACGAAGAGAUAAUAUUUUAGAAAUCUUUAUGGCUGCACAGUAUCUGGGCAUCAAAGAAUUAGAAGAGCAAUGUUGGGCAUUUAUUGAUAAUGACGAGCUCUUUUCCGAAGAUACUGCUUUUUUGUUAUACUUGGAAGCAAAGAAAAUUGGCAAUACUGCAGUAAUGGAACUGAUGGUACCGAGAAUUAUGAAAUUUUUCUUGAUGCUCGUUAGCACAAAGGAUUUUUUGGAAUUGUCAAUGGAUGAAUUGUGCUUACUACUGAAAUCUAACUAUAUUUGCGUCAAUAGCGAAAUGGAAGUUUUAAUGUCUGCCGUAAGGUGGUUAAUGCACGAUUGGAAUGAAAGAAAACAAUACAUGUUAGAAGUAUUGAAAUGUGUUAGAUUUGGACUUAUAGCUCCGUGGCAGUUAGUAGAUGUCAAAAGAAAUCCUGAAAAUCCAGAAUUUAUGGAAUUGAUGUCGUAUCCUGAAGUGCAAAAAAUGGUGGAUGAUGGUCUCGCGUUUGUUAUUAUAAAAUAUUGGUACGGUAAUCAAACUGAAGAUUACUAUCAUUGGAUCGAUUUGCUUGGACUUAUCGAACCGACUAAUCGCAACUGGGCAGGAGAAGACAAAAACUAUGUUACGUAUCGCGAAUUUCUGUUAUAUCUUGAAGAGUAUCAAAAAACAAACAUCUCGGAGAUAAAAACAAGAAAGAUUCAAACAAAACCUACUCCUCCUAAUUCUCCUCCUAAAGAUAGCUCACUAUUAUCUCUAGAGAGAACACAUACAGAUUGUAAUAAAAAUCGUACGUGUUGUUGCAUAGAUUCGCAUCUUUUAGAACAAUAUACAAUGCAAACUAGAGAACCGAAAAAAUAUGUAUCAAAAAUUACAACUUCAUCGGGCAUGGUAAUGUCGCCUGAAAUCUUGACCGAUUGUCUUAGUAAUAUGAGCAGAAGUAAUAAUGUAAAAGCGAACAAAGCACAGUACGACGGAAAUAGAAACAAUAAAUCUAUCAUUCAUGAUAUGAAAUAUUGCGAGGCAGGUGAACCACGAUCUUUAGAUCUUUUUAAAAAUGCGAAAUGUAUGUACGAACAUCAUCAUCGUGAGGUUACUGAUAAAUCCAAGUAUGAAGACCGACAAGAAAGAAAUGUUUACAACCGCAAGCACUGGGAACAAAAUAUUAUAUUUCCCAUCAAGAAACAACAGAAAGUGAUGAAAAAAUCAAGAUGUAUGGAAGAUCAUGGGGAUUCAGCUAAAUCUGAAGAAGAAGCGGCCACUAUGAUACAAGCUACAUACAGAGGAUAUAAAGUCAGAAGAAAGUUUGACGAAAUUAAGAAAUCAUCCUUGGAAGGAAAACAGAACGCUCAAAAAGUAGCUGAGCUGUUAUCUAUGUCGACGAGUCAAUGUGGAUGGUCACUUCAGAAAUCAUUAAAUCCAGUCAAAACAUCCAAUAUUGCGAAUUAUACCAAAAAUUCAUUACAUUAUAUCUGAAAAAAUUGCAAUUUAAUUGUGCAAUGUAAUAAAUGUUUAGUAAUAAAUAUAUAUGCAAAAA